GCCAGGAAGCCGGACUCGGGGCCCCUGAUCAGCGGCGGUGGCCCUUCAGGAGCCCGGUGGGAUGGGGCGGCGGGCGCGCCUUGGGCUGGUGCUGUGCCUUGCGGCGCUCUGGGCCGGAGGGCUGGCCGCGGCCGAUGAAGAGGGAAAUCAAGAUGAAUCACUGGAGCCAAAGACUUUAUCUGCAGAUGACCAGGUAAAGGACCAUUCCACAGGAACUCGAGUGGUAGCAGGUCAGAUCUUCCUUGAAUCAGGGAAAUCAGACACUCAGUCAGAGGAUGAAAAAAACUUUCACAGUGAAGAGGAGGAAAAAGAGAAUUCACUGGAAGAGCUGAACUCUCUGGAAAUGGCCAAUCUAUUAGAUAAGGAUUUGGAAGAAGCAGAAAUACAAAGACCAGCUUUGACAGCUAUUGGGGGCACUGCAGAUGGUGAACCUUGCCACUUCCCCUUUUUGUUCAUGGAGAAGGAGUAUGCAGAGUGCACUGCAGAUGGGAGGGAAGAUGGCAGGCUUUGGUGUGCAACAACCUAUGAUUACAAGAAGGAUCAGAAGUGGGGCUUUUGUGAAACUGAAGAGCAGUCUAAUAAGAGAAGGCAGAUGCAAGAGGCUGAAGAUGUUUAUCAGACUGGAAUGAAAAUCCUUAAUGAAAGCAGUAAAAAGGCUCAGAAGAAAGAAGCAUAUCAAUAUCUUCUGAAAGCAGCUGACAUGAAUCAUACCAAGGCAAUGGAGAAAGUCUCUUAUGCUUUGUUGUUUGGUGAUUACCUGAAACAGAACAUUCAGUCAUCAAAAGAACUAUUGGAAAAACUAACAGAAGAAGGUUCUCCUAAAGGACAAAUGGCACUUGGAUUUUUGUAUGCGUCUGGUCUAGGAGUCAAUUCUAGUCAAGCUAAGGCCCUGGUGUAUUACACUUUUGGAGCUUUAGGAGGAAAUCUGAUUGCCCAUAUGAUCUUGGGUUACCGGUACUGGGCUGGGAUAGGAGUCCUCCAGAGUUGUGAAUCUGCUCUCACUCAUUACCGACUUGUAGCGAAUCAUGUUGCUAGUGACAUUUCUUUGACUGGUGGCACAGUGGUUCAGCGAAUUCGCUUAGCAGAUGAAGUAGAGAAUCCAGGAAUGGCAAGUGGGAUGCUAGAAGAAGACUUGAUUCAGUAUUACCAGUUUUUAGCGGAGAAAGGAGAUGUACAAGCACAGGUUGGCCUUGGACAGUUGCACUUGCAUGGAGGAAGAGGAGUAGAGCAAAAUCAUCAGAGGGCAUUUGAAUACUUCAAUCAAGCAGCUAAUGCUGGUAAUUCACAUGCCAUGGCCUUUCUAGGGAAGAUGUAUUCCGAAGGAAGUGAUGUUGUCCCUCAGAGCAAUGAAACAGCUCUUCAGUAUUUCAAGAAAGCUGCUGAUAUGGGUAAUCCAGUUGGACAGAGUGGAUUAGGAAUGGCUUACCUCUAUGGAAGAGGUGUUCCAGUGAACUAUGAGCUAGCGCUGAAGUAUUUCCAGAAGGCUGCAGAACAGGGAUGGGUUGAUGGACAACUUCAGCUCGGUUCCAUGUAUUACAAUGGCAUUGGAGUCAAGAGAGACUAUAAACAAGCUUUGAAGUAUUUUAACUUAGCCUCCCAGGGUGGCCACAUUCUGGCUUUUUAUAAUCUGGCUCAGAUGCAUGCUACUGGCACCGGAGUGAUGCGGUCCUGUCACACUGCUGUUGAGUUAUUUAAGAAUGUAUGUGAACGGGGGCGUUGGUCUGAAAGGCUGAUGACUGCCUACAACAGCUACAAAGAUGGUGACUCAAAUUCUGCUGUGGUGCAGUAUCUUCUUCUGGCAGAACAAGGCUAUGAAGUUGCACAAAGCAAUGCUGCUUUCAUACUUGAUCAGAAAGAAGCUAGCAUUGUAGGAGAAAAUGAAACCUAUCCUCGAGCUUUGCUUCACUGGAACAGAGCAGCUUCUCAAGGAUACACUGUUGCAAGAAUUAAACUCGGAGAUUACCAUUUCUAUGGUUUUGGUACUGAUGUUGAUUACGAAACUGCAUUUAUUCACUAUCGGCUUGCAUCAGAGCAACAGCACAGUGCCCAAGCAAUGUUUAACCUGGGCUACAUGCAUGAGAAGGGAUUGGGUAUCAAGCAGGAUAUUCAUCUUGCAAAACGAUUCUAUGACAUGGCAGCUGAAGCAAGCCCAGAUGCUCAAGUUCCAGUCUUCCUAGCACUUUGCAAGCUUGGAGUAAUUUAUUCCUUGCAGUAUGUACGAGAAAUCAAUAUAAGGGAGAUAUUCUCACAUAUUGAUAUGGACCAGCUGCUGGGGCCUGAGUGGGACCUUUACCUUAUGACCAUCAUCGCCUUGCUUCUGGGAACAAUUAUAGCUUACAGACAAAGGCAACAUCAGGCAGUUCCCAGACCAGCAGGACUGCGGCCAGCUGUGCCUCAACAAGAACCGCCACCAGAGCAUCAACCACCACAAUAGCAACAAGAGCCUCAGUGAAAGAACUGAUUUUUCCUAAAGGAACAAUUUUCAUUGUGAUUUAGGACUCUGGAUCAAUGGUCCCUCCCCCAACAGAGGCGCAAAAAGGUUUUAAAAAAAAAGUUUGAAAGCUGCUUAGAAUGAUGCCUUUUUUUU